AUGAAUAUAAAAGAAGAUCUUUGUGACACAUCUGUUCUACCUGACAAUAUAUUUACAUUAAAAGGUCAAGAUUUUUUUCAUGUUAUUCGAUCAUUAGUCGGUGAAGUGGUUUGUAAUAUUCUUCAAAUUCAAAUGAUUGAUUCUGCAAAUAAUUUUUUGAACACAACUGAUGUUUUUGAAAUAUUCAAGUAUGAUUCUGAAGAAAUUGACGAAAUAAGAAUCAAAGCAUGCUUCAAAAUGAGAAGUGGAGAAUAUACUAUUCGCACAGGAGUAUUAAAUAAUAUGACAUAUUUGACAACAAUAUUAAAAAAGAAAUUUAUGGAAAAGCAUAGUUAUACUACUAACUUACAAAAAGAAACAUAUUAUGAACUGAUUAAUCAUAAUCCAAUGCUACGAUCAAUAAUCGAUUGGUAUUCACAGAAUCCAUAUUCAAAUAAUAAUAAUAGUAAUAAUAAUAUUAAUGAUAGUAAUAAUAAUAAUAAUAAUAGUAAUAAUAAUAAUAAUAAUAAUAAUAAUAAUAAUAAUAAUAAUAAUAAUAAUAAUAAUAAUUUAUUCAUGUCGUCUUUCAUAGAUACCAUAACAAAAAACGUAGUUAAAUCAAAACAAAGUUAUCGAUAUGAUGAUUGUAUGAAAGAUUUUGCUUUAGUAUUGUAUGUAUUAGGUGCUAAACAAUGUUAUGAAUUCAUUCGAAUUAAUAUUAUUGGUGCACUUCCUAAUCUAACAACCAUAAAUAAAUUAAUAUCGAAUACUGAUCCUAUUUUAACAGAGGGUCAAUUUUGUUUCAUUGCCCUGAAACAAUACCUUGAUACAGUAAAUGUAAGAUUUGGUUUUUGUGCUGAAGAUUGCACCGGUGUUAUUAAAAAAGUUAAAUAUGAUGUUACCACAAAUUCAUUUGUUGGUUUUGUUACAAAGUUAUCUAAUGGAGUACCGAUUUGUAAUUAUUAUAGAACUGAUUCCUAUGAACAACUUCAAUAUUGGUUUGAAAACGUAGAAAAAUCUUCGUUGUUAAAUAUUCAUAUGUUCCAGCCUAUUCCACAAUCCAAUCAUACAAAUUCACCUGCAUCAUUUCUUAUGAGUGCUUAUGGUGUUGAUAGUACAUCAACAGCCAUAGAUAUAAUAAAACGAUGGAUUUAUAUUUAUAAUAAUUGUAUUCAGAAUCAGAUAAGAAUUAUCGGCUUCUCUACAGGUAAUAUCUUUGAGUCGAAAUUUUCUUUUUAA